AUGUCGCUGUCAAAUAAACUCACCCUGGACAAGGUGGACGUAAAGGGGAAGCGCGUGAUCAUGAGGUGAGUUCCAGUUAUGUCACUUCGAAGAGCCAGCGGAAAGGGGAUUAUACCAUCGCAAGCAACCAUCUUUGCCACGGUGAUUCGUAACAAGAUUGCUACGGAGUUGCCUGACAAUUUACUUAUCAAAAUUUAAAUCUCAAUGAAAACGUCAUUUUCACCAGUAAAUGUGUGCUUGUUUUCUUUGGCAACCGUGGUAUAAGCGGGAUAAACGCCUCUGCACCUUAUUUUUUAUUUUAUUCAACCUUUAUUUAACUAGGCAAGUGAGUUAAGAACAAAUUCUUAUUUACAAUGACGGCCUACACAAUUAUUGUCUAGGCUGUAAACUGCAGUGAUGCAGGCUAAUUUGAAUAACCGCUCAAACGUCAUGUUUUUCAUGCCGAAAUAAAGCCCUGAUUAUACAACCAUUUGGAUCAGUUAUGGGUUUAUUCUCCGUCAGUUUACAAGGUCCAGAAAAUUACAUUAGGCCACUCAUAUGGUAUAUUUUGUCAGGAUGUAUUGGCGUUUCUAUGGUAGGCCUAUGAAACUGAGAUGUGCUGUCUGUCAUGGAUCAUGUAGCCUAUCCCAAGACAUCAUUAACGUGGCCACCAGCAUAGGCCUAAAAAUCACUAAUGCCAUUAUAUUAAGCCAGGAUUGGCCGAAGGACUGACAUUAAUAUAAUUAGUUUGUGGGGUUCUAAAAACAAAUAUGUAGUAAAAUCUCAUUCAUUUACAGCAUAGAUUCUCUAAGGUCCUUCUCCAUCUAAUAGCCUAAUGGGCCGAAUUGUAGCUUGCAAAUGACCUAGCAAAUUCGAAGUGAAAUUAUUACAUUCAUUCGUUUUUUUAAUUCUUCCAUCACCUGCCGAAUUAAAAACCUCAUAUGGCCCUACUUCUGAAAAAGGUAAUCGGGACAGAUAUGCUGAAGUGGACUCGGCCCGAGUACCUUUAGCCGGAACCCAGAGUAAUGUUAUUCUGCCGGACUCGGGAAGAGCUCGGCCCAUAUAAAGUCCCCCGAGUCUCAAAUGGAAUAGGGUUGAACUCACCGUGUUGACUGGGAGCGCACUAAACAAUGCACCGUGGUCGCUCAAAAAGGGUGGUCUAGGUCCGAUUUAAUUCGUACCGUGGUGCGGUUCGCUGCAGGUGAGAACCCAGUUCGGAUCAAACACAGAAAGAUAACCCUAGUCACGCAUUAUUAUUGGUUUUUUGACUGCGAGCAUUUGAUGAAAUACACGCAGUAUCAUAACUUGAGAUCUAUGAAACAUUGUGAGUAGCAGAGCAUUUACGAGUGCAUCCGAUACAGAUUAGGGGAGAUGGGGGCUAUACCGGGGAUAUAGGCUACUGAAUAUAGCCAUUCGCGUCGCAGUUAAAGCGGCUAUUGCCUGGUUUCCGCCCUCAUGUUGUUGGAAGACCAAAGCGAAAGUAAUACUUCAUGAUAAUCAUAAAUAGAUUUAACUUGAGCGUUUUUGUCCAAUAAACAAAUGUAUUGCAUGGACACGUGGUUAUGUUAGAAGUAUUUUAGUUCGUUUUACUUUUGUCAAUGUGAAAUUAACUGGACCAAAUGAGAGAAAAAAAUACAAUGUAACAAAUAGUGAAACUCUGAUUCCAACUAUAGCUCAAAACUAUUUGAAAACGCCCUUAGACUGUGAUACUUGUUGUUCACAGUCUGGGAUUAAUGCAAUAGCUACAUUUGUUUGGAAUUUUCUCACAAGCUCUACAAGCCAGAAUGUUGAAUAAAAUGUAAUUACUGAACUAGUUGCCUUUGCAGUUCAUUUACAUUUACAUUUUAGUCAUUUAGCAGACGCUCUUAUCCAGAGCGACUUACAGUUAGUGAAUACAUAUUUUUUUUUUAUACUGGCCCCCCGUGGGAAUCGAACCCACAACCCUGGCGUUGCAAACGCCAUGCUCUAUCAACUGAGCUACAUCCCUGCCGGCCAUUCCCUCCCCAACCCUGGACGACGCUGGGCCAAUUGUGCGCCGCCCAUGAGUCUCCCGGUCGCGGCCGGCUGCGACAGAGCCUGGAUUCGAACCAGGAUCUAGUGGCACAGUUAGCACUGGGAUGUAGUGCCUUAGACCACUGCCCCACUCAGUUCGUCCUUUUGUGGGUAGGAAUUUGAUUUUAAAAAAUAUAUAUAUCCACAGGAAAGUAUUAUUAAACCGAUUUCUAUCACCUGGCACAUGCACAACAUGAUGUAAAUAAGUGCACGAGCUCGGCACGUAGGCAUGCAUCUUGUGCAGGUAUUUGCAUCGUGUGCGCAUUUUUCGGGUGGUUGACAUCUAUGGAGGACUAAAAGUGCCACAAUUAAAUAAAUAAAUACACCAUUAAAUAAUUACUUAAAUGUGUCAUUAAUUAAUUAAAAUUAGAAUUAAAUACAUAAAUGUGUAAUUAAAUGUAUCAUUAAUUAAUUCAAAUACCGAUUCAUUUUAUGUAAAAUACAUAUAUAAUUAUUUCACUAUUUACAUUUACAUUUCAUGAUCCUGCAUUGCAGUGAUUCAUGAAUUACUUAAAACUGUCAAACUGACCCAUCAAAGUCAGUGGGCGGGGCUAACGCGAAUCUAGUCUGAUCCAUUGCUUUGGUCUGAAGUAGAGUAGGCCAACCUGGAUAGAGACAAUGGAGGAUCUCCGUGAACUUUCCAGGGAGUUGGUUAGAGACAUUUUAAACUUAGCAGAGGAUGUAGAAGCAGGACCUGCUGACAUUAUCCGGAAUUGAUUUGUCUUGGCUUGAUGCAGAGGGUAACCAAUCAGGCGUUAGGUUCCGCCUACCAACUUUUGAUGGGUCAGUUUGACAGUUUUAAGUAAUUCAUGAAUCACUGCAAUGCAGGAUCAUGAAAUGUAAAUGUAAAUAGUGAAAUAAUUAUAUAUGUAUUUUACAUAAAAUGAAUCGGUAUUUGAAUUAAUUAAUGAUACAUUUAAUUACACAUUUAUGUAUUUAAUUCUAAUUUGAAUUAAUUAAUGACACAUUUAAGUAAUUAUUUAAUGGUGUAUUUAUUUAUUUAAUUGUGGCACUUUUAGUCCUCCAUAGACAUCUGGUCGCACUACCAGUGCUUUGAAAAUUUGGGUAAAUAAUUAUUUCCUGUUGAUAUUUUGUCAAAAAUUUCACCCUAUAUAAAUCAACGUUUAUUGGUCAUAUACACAGCUAAGCAGAUGUUAUAGCAGGUGGAGCGAAAUGCUUAUGUUACUAUCUCCUAACAAUGCAGUAAAAUGUCAAUCAAGUACACAAAAUUAAAUGUGGAUAUAUACAAUUUAUUUUUGUGUACUUGAUUGACAUAUAUAUAAAAAUAAAGGUCGGAAUGAAUCUAAUUACAACCGAAAUUGCACUAACAGUAAUCCAAAUGCAAUCUAUACAUAUGUACACCGGAUGAAUUUACACAAGAUACAGUAUAAGAAUGGUAGGUACAGCAGUAAAUAUAUUAGUGAGCUAUGUCAAGAAUCCAGUAUAUAAAUAUGCAGUGUGUGUAUAAACAGUGUAACUAAAAUCCAAUGUACAGUAGUAGAAGUAUUAGAAUUAGCUAUGUCGAGAAUACAGUAGUUUUUAAAUACAGUGUGAAACGGGAAGUGUCCAGUGGUUCAAUGUCUCUAUAACAUGGGACAGUAGCGUUGGCUGUGUGUGUGUAAGAACCAACCCGACGGACAAUCGGCAGAGUAAGUUCAAAUGGAAUUUAUAUUAAAUAUUUGUGACACACAGUGGACGUGAAGCUAGCUUUUCCGGUUUUGACAAUGUAUUUUUGCGCGCCAAUGAUGUCCAAGAGGGUUGUCACUAGUGAACACUGCCAUGGUUAUAAACCCUGCCUAUUUCUACAAUUUCUCUUCUUAAAAUAUUUUUAAAACUCUAACCUUCAAGGAAAACUCCACCCAAAAACUAUAUAUUUGGUAUUUGUUUCAUUAGUCCAUUGUUGAUGUGGACCCAAAAUGUUUUGCAUGUCAGCAAUCAAGUUUUUAUAUGUAACUUUCAAAAUACAGAACUUUGUCCCGUAUGAUGUAUUUUGCAGGAAGUUUACAUACACUCAAUUAGUAUUUGGUAGCAUUGCCUUUAAAUUGUUUUGGGUAGCAUUCCACAAGCUUCCCACAAUAAGUUGGGUGAAUUUUGGCCCAUUCCUCCUGACAGAGCUGGUGUAACUGAGUCAGGUUUGUAGGCCUCCUUGCUCGCACACGCUCUUUCAGUUCUGCCCACAGAUUUUCUAUAGGAUUGAGGUCAUGGCUUUGUGAUGGCCACUCCAAUACCUUUGUUGUCCUUAAGCCAUUUUGCCACAACUUUGGAAGUAUGCUUGAGGUCAUUGUCCAUUUGGAAGACCCAUUUGCGACCAACCUUUAACUUCCUGACUGAUGUCUUGAGAUGUUGCUUCAAUACAUCCACAUAAUUUUCCUUCCUCAUGAUGCCAUCUAUUUUGUGAAGUGCACUAGACCCUCCUGCAGCAAAGCACCCCCACAGCAUGAUGCUGCCACCCCCGUGCUUCACAGUUGGGAUGGAGUUCUUCGGCUUGCAAGCCGCCCCCUUUUUCCUCCAAACAUAACGAUGUUCGUUAUGGCCAAACAGAUAAUGGCAAACAGUUCUAUUUGUGUUUCACACAUUCUCUACCAAAGCGCUCAUAGCAUUGUCCCAAUCCCACUGAAACCCAAAAUCCUGACUCCUGUCUCGCAUGAAAAUUCCUAAAUUUAUUCUGUAUUCCAUAGGUUGCAUUAUUAAAGCACGUCUUUCGCCUAUGCAUGUCAAAAUACCGCUAGAACAUUGGUCAAUGCUAUCCAAGAUCCUUGGGACGUCCCUACCUUAACCUCUACCCUAACCUUAACCAUGAACCAUUUUACAUUUCAACUUCAAUGGGGUUGGGGACGUCCCAAGGAUACCGGAAAGCACGGACCCUAUAAAAUGUCCCCCACUUCUCAGCGCUGUCUCGUACUUUCUGCCCAUAUGAGCGCUUUGGUAGAGAAUGUGUGAUCAACAAACGGUAUGAGAGUAGAUAUGGAUAUUUUUUAAACUGACUUGAUCCCCGUUAAGAUACCUUGAUAUUUAAACUAUUUACGCACUUCACCACCCUGUUAUUCAUGAGCUGAUCUACUGCCUAUCUGUAUAAUCAUCAACUCCAUUUAGCCAAAUAUAGGAGAUAUUCUGUCAUUAGUUGGAGGUUAUCUAGCAAGACUAGCAACUUUGGUCAUUUAACUUUUGUUUGACUGCCGUUACAAAGUUUGUGAUUUGACAACGCUAUAGCCUACUCGGAGUGCGCUCUGUGCUGAAAUGCGCUGAAUUAAUUGAGGAAGAUAACGCUCUGAAUUGAUUAACGGCCUGUUUUGCAAUUCACAACAAUGUCAUUGGCGAUCAAAGAUAGUUACUCUUAUCUAUCAUUACUAAAUAUCAGUUUAAUUUGCUCUGAAAUCUUUAGUGGCACAGCCGACAAGAUGGUGCAGCACCCCUGUGUUUGUCACUGCAUUUCAUUUCAAUACUCAGCCCAGUGUCAUAAACUAGGUUUCCAUCCAAUUGGCGACAGAUUUUCAUGUGAUUAUUCUAAAAUCUGCAUGAAAACAAUAUGCAUUUUCCCACCAGAGGUGUUACCAUCAAAUGGAAUUAUUGCAGAUAAAAGGCUGUGCGUGAAGGCAGUGCACAUACAACCUUUUGCAGUUAAAUACCCAUGUACCGAAUAAAAAAUAAAGUUAAAUGGGUUUCCAUCACAUUUUCAACUUCUCACAAAAAUGUUUGCGUUUAUAUAGCGAGUGUGCCCACUCUGGUAUUGGCACGUGCGCUGUUGGCUAGAGCGCACGUAUAUAGCAUACAUGAUGAGAUUAUUAUGGACAAAAGAGCAAUAUUAUUUUUAUUUGUCAAACUGCAGCCAAGUAUCGAUUAUUAGUACCAGAAUAAGACCCUCAAUAUUUAUUGGAAAGGCUCAUCACCUUUCAAUUUCACCACCCUGUGAAGUUCAUCAUAACUUAUUUACAUUAAUCUGUAGCCUAAUAAGAUGCAUGUUUUCCCGAAGAGUCGUAGUGGGAUGACCACAAAUGUCAUCGCGUGACUCCAAGUUUACUUCGAUAUGAUGGUUAUUAUAUCAAUAUUUGCGCAUAAAAGCAUAUCCACCAAUUUAUUUAACGCAUCAUUAGUUUUACCGACACAAAAAUAUCCCACCUUGUAUUUUGUUUUGUCGACAUUUGGAAAGUUUCCAUCAGGCCUGUCAUGAAAUGUUUUAUUCGACAUGUACUUUACUCACAUAAAAAGGUUGGAUGGAACCCUGGGUAGUGACACAUUUUGAUAAUGCUCAAAACCAGGGGUUAGAAUCAGAAUCAAUUUCCAAUCAUUUCGUUCUGAACAGAACCAUAUUUUUUUUGUUCUGUUCCAAUCAGCUAAAUAAAGUUAUGAACUGAUUCGAACCCCAAAAAAAGUAGGUUUAUAUCGUUCCUUUGUAAACCUCUGGAAUCGAUAUAUAUAUAUAUAUAUAUAUAUAUAUAUAUAUAUAUAUAUAUAUUUUUUUUUUGUACAUUUAGCUCGACAUUAAAUUACUUCACCAAUGGAUAGAUCAGCUUGCUAUGGAGCGUGCAAGCAAUGCAUUGGACAGACAAAUGCAACUGAUGCGGUGGGCAUGAAGCGCUGGGCAUCUUGUUGUAUUGACAUGUAGUAUCUGAAUUAGGCCCACAGAAUUAUACCUACGGAGGAGCGGCUUGUAUGAAGGAACUUUGAAUGUCUUUGAACUUCAGAGAGUUGGCUUAACUAACGUUGGACCAGAGCUAGCCCUUGAUCAUGACUCUCAGUUCCAUUAGAUUACACAUAAUGCCGCCAAGAGUUUGAGAGCUAGACCAGCGCUAGCUUGCUAACAAGGUUGUGUGUGCAGAGCGGCAUCAGAAUAAAAAUAAAAACAUGUCUUACCUUUUUGUAGUUAAUAAAUCCAAUGUGAUAACUAUAGUAUCCUUAACUAACAUUGAAGAAGUUAAUCCAUUGUUCUCUAAUUAAAAAUCUCUCUCCCUAAUUUCUGGAUUGUGCCUGUAAUGUCAGUAGCUACAGUAGACUAUGCAUGAUUCGGGGGGAGGGUCAGGUAGCCUACACGCACACUGGCCACCCCUCAGAGCCUGGUUCCUCUCUAGGUUUCUUCCUAGGUUUCUGCCUUUUCUAGGGAGUUUUUCCUAGCCACCGUGCUUCUACAUCAAAUCAAAUUGUAUUUGUCACAUAAACGUGUUUAGCGGAUGUUAUAGCUGGUGUAGUGAAAUGCUUGUGCUUCUAGCUCCGACAGUGCAGUAAUAUCUAACAAUUACACAACAUAUACCCAAUACACACAAAAAAGUAAGGAAUGGGAUUUAAGAAUAUAUACAUAUAUGGACAAGCAAUGACAGAGCGGCAUGGACUAAGAUACAGAAGAAUAUUAUAGAAUAGAAUGCAGUAUAUAGAUAUGAGAUGAGUAGUGCAAGAUAUGUAAACAUUGUUAAAGUGACUAGUGUUCCAUUUCUUAAAGUGGCCAGUGAUUUCAAUAGGCAGCAGCAGCCUCUAAUGUGCUAGUGAUGGCUAUUUAACAGUGAUGGCCUUGAGAUAGAAGCUGUUUUUCAUUCUCUCGUUCCCAGCUUUGAUGCACCUGUACUGACCUCGCCUUCUGGAUGAUAGCGGGGUGAACAGGCAGUGGCUCAGGUGGUUGAUGUCCUUGAUGAUCUUUUUGGCCUUCCUGUGACAUCGGGUGCUGUAUGUGUCUUGGAGGGCGGGUAGUUUGCCCCCAAUAAUGUGUUCGGCAGACCGCACCACCCUCUGGAGAGCCCUGCGGUUGUGGCCGGUGCAGUUGCCGUACCAGGCGGUGAUACAGCCCGACAGGAUGCUCUCAAUUGUGCAUCUGCAUUGCUUGCUGUUUGGGGUUUUAGGCUGGGUUUCUGUAUAGCACUUUGUGACAUCUGCUGAUGUAAAAAGAGCUUUAUAAAUACAUUUGAUUGAUUGGCAAAGGUUUUCAGCUGGCAGGCAUGCAGACACUGGAAUACGUUUCUGAGUGACAGUGAGGGCUUUGCAUAGGCGCUUUGUUGCAUUUUUUGUGGGACUGGAAAAAAACACCCUGAACAUAAAAUAACAUUAUUAACUGGUUCCCAUGCUUUUAAAAUAACAGUUCUGUUCCGGAACAGUAUAGAUCACUUUUGUUCUCGGUUCUGUUCCUCAACAUUUCUGUUCACUGAAAAAUGUUUGACAUUUCUCUUUUGCAGGGUUGAUUUCAAUGUGCCCAUGAAAGACCAUAAAAUCACAAACAACCAGAGGUAAUGAUGAGCUUGUUUUCAUUUGAUCAUCUAUUAGUAAUACACAUGAUUAGGAGCCUUAUUCCAGCCUUUGCUCAUACUUUGUACCUGUGUAUUCCAGGAUCAAGGCUGCUGUCCCCACCAUCAAGCACUGUUUGGAUCAUGGGGCCAAGGCCGUGGUGCUGAUGAGCCACUUGGGUCGUCCUGAUGGGAACCCCAUGCCCGACAAAUUCUCCCUGGAGCCCGUGGCCGCCGAGCUCAAGAGCCUGCUGGGCAAGUGAGUGAGACCUCCUGGCUUCUUCCAUGGCCCUUCAUAGCUAGCUAUUACCAUGCUCCAAGUGAAAGAUUACUCUACUUGUCUCAAUGAAUGAAUCAUAAUUGUCAUUUUGGAAAUAUUUGGGUUCUUUGUUCUCAGUCAGUGUUUCAUUAUGGAGCCCAAUAAAGUACUCAGAUGUGCACGUGUUUGCUUUGCACUCAUUUUCAGGGACGUGCACUUCCUGAAGGACUGUGUGGGUCCCGAUGUAGAGCAGGCCUGCGCCGACCCCGCAGCUGGUUCCGUCAUCCUCCUGGAGAACCUGAGGUUUCACGUCGCUGAGGAGGGCAAGGGCAAGGAUGCCUCCGGAAACAAGGUGGGUGCAUGGCAACGGCUGCAGCCGCAGUAGCCAUUCCCAGAGGCCCUUUCUAUUUACAUAAAUAGAGGACUCCUGCCCUGCAGAGUCCCAAGCUGCAGCUGCGUCACUGUCCUGUGGUGUUAGCGUCAGCAGAGCCGCCAAGGGCAACGCAGAGAAGAAAAUAGAGCCAAGCUUGCAGUGGCAUGAGUCACCAGUCAGACAUCUGACCUGAAAAGCAAGAAUUUUGCAGUUUGAGACCAGGGUAGAGAAAAUGGUGUCUUAUCUCAUCUGUUUGAGAAGCACAUCUGCAAUUACAUCCAUACUAGGGGGAUUCCUCAUGAAACUAGAACAAAAAAAUACCAUGAUUUUGGGGAUUUUCACAUUUAUUUAAUCCAUAUAAGGGUCCUUUGUAGGGAGGAUUGUUGACACACUGAGUGUACAAAACAUUAAGAACACCUGCUCUUUCUAUGACAGACUAUCCAGGUGAAAGCUAUGAUCCCUUAUUGAUGUCACUUGUUAAAUCCACUUCAAUCAGUGUAGAUGAAGGGGAGAAGACCGGUUAAAGGAUUUUUUAAUCUUGAGACAAUUGAGACAUGGGUUGUGUAUGUGUGCCAUUCAGAGGAUGAAUUGGCGCUUUAAACGGGUUAUGGUAGUAGGUGCCAGGCACACCGGUUUGUGUAAAGAACUGCAAAGCUGCUGGGUUUUUCACGCUCAACAGUUUCCUGUGUGUAUCAAGAAUGGUCCACCAACAAAAGGACAUCCAGCCAAUUUGACACAACUGUGGGAAGCAUAGGAGUCAACAUGGGCCAGCAUCCCUGUGGAAUGCUUGACACCUUGUAGAGUCCAUGCCCCAACGAAUUGAGGCUGUUCUGAGGGCAAAAGGGGGGGCGGGGAGUGCAACUCAAUAUUAGAAAGGUGUUCCUAGUGUUAGAUUCUAAAUAAACAGAUUAAAAAAAACUAACGGACAACUAGUCAAAGCUCAAACCAAGUUUAUUCACCCACUGGGUCAAACAGCUGCAUAAGACAAAGACGUGUUUACACGAGUACAUAUAUUUAUACCCUCUACUGGGUGGAGUCAACUCCUUGCACAUCUAGACAGCCAAUACAUCUCUGUUGCUAGGCAGGAACUUAAGUGAUGUGUGUAAUAAAACUGUUCCUUCUCCCUUAUCUAACCUGACCUGACCUCAGCCCACAUUCCUCACUAAUCCACAGCUAUCCAACCUUAUCAGUGACGCAACCAAGUGAUUGCCUUUUCCCUUACUUAGUAAGUUUCCAGACCCAUACUUCUCCAUUGACCCCACCAUCAACAUUCCUCAUACAGUGGGGAGAACAAGUAUUUGAUACACUGCUGAUUUUGCAGGUUUUCCUACUUACAAAGCAUGUAGAGGUCUGUAAUUUUUAUCAUAGGUACACUUCAACUGUGAGAGACGGAAUCUAAAACAAAAAUCCAGAAAAUCACAUUGUAUGAUUUUUAAGUAAUUAAUUGAUACAUCAGAAAAGCAGAACUUAAUAUUUGGUACAGAAACCUUUAUUUGCAAUUACAGAGAUCAUACGUUUCCUGUAGGUCUUGACCAGGUUUGCACACACUGCAGCAGGGAUUUUGGCCCACUCCUCCAUACAGACCUUCUCCAGAUCCUUCAGGUUUCAGGGCUGUCGCUGGGCAAUACGGACUUUCAGCUCCCUCCAAAGAUUUUCUAUUGGGUUCAGGUCUGGAGACUGGCUAGGCCACUCCAGGACCUUGAGAUGCUUCUUACGGAGCCACUCCUUAGUUGCCCUGGCUUUGUGUUUCGGGUCGUUGUCAUGCUGGAAGACCCAGCCACGACCCAUCUUCAAUGCUCUUACUGAGGGAAGGAGGUUGUUGGCUAAGAUCUCGCGAUACAUGGCCCAAUCCAUCCUCCCCUCAAUACGGUGCAGUCGUCCUGUCCCCUUUGCAGAAAAGCAUCCCCAAAGAAUGAUGUUUCCACCUCCAUGCUUCACGGUUGGCAUGGUGUUCUUGGGGUUGUACUCAUCCUUCUUCUUCCUCCAAACACGGCGAGUGGAGUUUAGACCAAAAAGCUCUAUUUUUGUCUCAUCAGACCACAUGACCUUCUCCCAUUCCUCCUCUGGAUCAUCCAGAUGGUCAUUGGCAAACUUCAGAUGGGCCUGGACAUGCGCUGGCUUGAGCAGUGGGACCUUGCGUGCACUGCAGGAUUUUAAUCCAUGACGGCGUAGUGUGUUACUAUUGGUUUUCUUUGAGACUGUGGUCCCAGCUCUCUUCAGGUCAUUGACCAGGUCCUGCCGUGUAGUUCUGGGCUGAUCCCUCACCUUCCUCAUGAUCAUUGAUGCCCCACGAGGUGAGAUCUUGCAUGGAGCCCCAGACCGAGGGUGAUUGACCGUCAUCUUGAACUUCUUCCAUUUUCUAAUAAUUGCGCCAACAAUUGCCUUCUCACCAAGCUGCUUGCCUAUUGUCCUGUAGCCCAUCCCAGCCUUGUGCAGGUCUACAAUUUUAUCCCUGAUGUCCUUACACAGCUCUCUGGUCUUGGCCAUUGUGGAGAGGUUGGAGUCUGUUUGAUUGAGUGUGUGGACAGGUGUCUUUUAUACAGGUAACGAGUUCAAACAGGUGCAGUUAAUACAGGUAAUGAGUGGAGAACAGGAGGGCUUCUUAAAGAAAAACUAACAGGUCUGUGAGAGCCGGAAUUCUUACUGGUUGGUAGCUGAUCAAAUACUUAUGUCAUGCAAUAAAAUGCAAAUUAAUUACUUAAAAAUCAUACAAUGUGAUUUUCUGGAUUUUUGUUUUAGAUUCCGUCUCUCACAGUUGAAGUGUACCUAUGAUAAAAAAUACAGACCUCUACAUGCUUUGUAAGUAGGAAAACCUGCAAAAUCGGCAGUGUAUCAAAUACUUGUUCUCCCCACUGUACAUGUAACCAUUAACUUCUAGCAUAGCAGGUAUUUCAAAUUAGAACCCAACACUAGUGUUUGGUAUACUCAGUGUAUAUUUGACAUUUUGUAUCUUAACACAUAAUUGAGAAAUCAUUAAUUGAAGUUUUAUAUUUGUGACAUUUUGGCCUUACCCAGGCCUCCUUUAAGACUCCAUAAUGUUUCAUCUGUAGGUUCUGGAAAGCAAACAUUGAUGCCAUAUGAACCGUUACCGCAUCCACUGUAAUAUGAGUAGUAUUUUGAUUUCAAUAACACAUUUCUUACAUUAAAUUAUGAUUAGUGAAAAUAUAAACAUUAAUAUUGAAAAUAUACACAUUUUUGAUUAGACACAUUUUUCAAUAUAUUGUUGAACAUAAUAUAUGCUACGGGCAAAUCAAAGUUCCAGAGUGGGAUUUCUGCUACUUUUAAUUAUGAUCCAAUUUGUAAACAUUACCAACAGAGUGAAUGUGAAAAUAGAUUCAAAAUGGUCACCCUCUGCUGGGGAUUUGCAGGAUGUGCAAUGAUACAAGUAAAAGGAGGGCUGUGAUUGGUUACAUUGAUUGUCUACUAUGGCAAUUUCUCUGUAUAAAAUGGGCCAUAACUUUAAAACCAGCAGAGAUCCCACUCUGGAACGUUGAUAUGCCCGUAGAGUUUAUUAUGUUCAACGAUAUACAAAUAAAUUGGCAAUCCUUCCUCCAAAGGACCCUUAUAUUAUUAACUGUUGUGAAAAUCCCCAAAUUCAUGGUCUUUUUUUUUUCUUCUGGUUUCGUGAGGAAUCACCCACUACAACAGUCAGCGACUCUUAAGAAGGUUGCACCUCUGAGAGUAUUAUGUCAAUGCAUAGGUUACUUCUACCCCUACCACCUCCAUCUCCUCUCAUACAGCCGAGGUGCAGCCCUGACCUGCUGACAUUUUUGAGUUAAGGGUAGUGUGUUGUCCCGGGCAGAGCGUGUUGCUUUUCUUGUCAUGUGAGCCCUGGCUGGUAUGCAGCCCUUAGAGGGGGCAGAGGAGAUGGGAAAGGGGGCAGCUGUCGACCUUUCACAAGGUCCCUCGUUGGCUGGGUUGUGGCAGGCGACAGAGUAGGUAAGCCUAGAUGUUACCACUGAUUUGGGGUCGGCUCUUUUUUAAUUCAACUUGGUUAAGGUUAGGAUUGUGGGUAGCGUAAUCUGAUCCCAGGUCUGUGGUUAAGGGCAAGUUCUAUGAUGACCUAGUUGAACUGCUCUUGUGCCAACGCCUGGCAUUUGGAUGUGACACCACAGAUCAGCGUUGACCUUUCUGUGAAAGAGUUUAUAAACUUAGCCUGCUAAAGUGCAGUAGGAACCUGAUCUAAAGUACAUACAGUAUAUUCACAUACAGUACCCUGAUCAUGCAGUCACCUCCACUGGCAUCACUGCGGUAUAUUCACCAUGUGCUCUUAUUGAUACACUGUAUAGAAUCGAAGCACCGCUGCAAUGCGUUAUUUUAUCUCAGCGACUCUUUCGUCCGCGCGCCCGUGUGUGCGUGAUUAACUGGGGAACUAUGCAUGGCUUCGUUGCUCCGUGGGAAACUUGUAAAGGCUCUCAUAUCUCUUCCGUGGGGAAAAUCAGUUAAACAUGUCUGAAGGCUCUCAUAUAUUGGCUCACUUAAGCCCUAAAAUAAAUGUGUUCAUAUAUUGUAUAAAAUAAAUAAAUAAAAAUGCGCUGCAUUCAUUGCAUGCCUUUUCGACAGAAUAAAUAAAACAGGGUUGGGUUAAUAACUAGAAAAAUGUAAUCCAUAAGCCUACUAAUACAUUCAUUAAUUAAAAACCUUCACAUAAAGAAAUGUUAUUUCAACCUUGUAAUAAUUCAUUUUCUUUCAAUUUGAUAUAUAGAAUCUAAUGAUCAAUAUAAUAAAACUAGGCCUAUGAUAUUUCCUUGAAUUGGCCUAGCCUACUCAAACAUCAUAAUUGGCUUUAGCAAGGGCUUUGCAGAUUCAUAAAUUUUUUAGGAUUCAGUUUAGGCUAAUUAUUAGAGAUUCUGCACCACUGUUUGUCGGCAGCACACUAAAUCUUUCAAUCGAUUGGAGGAGUAUUAGGCUGUAGUGAUAAUAGCCUAUGUAAAGUCUGUAUCAAUAGGCUAGCAGUUGCAUUUUUUUGAUAUGAAAAGGAGAGGGAAAUAUUACUGACCUGGACACAUAGGAAAGUGUCCAGAUGACUGAGUAGGCUAGGUGUGAAUGUUCUGAAAGAUUAAUCAUCUGAAUACGAAACCCACCGACCCCUUAUGGGCCAUCAGCGGGACAAAAGUCUUGCUGAGUCUAUGAGAUUGUGUUCAUAAUGAUAUGUUAGGCUAUGCCGUUAAACCCCUUUUCAUGGGCACACAAAUCCAAAAUGAUGUAUGCAAUUGCAAAAUCGAACACUUUGAACCAAAAGUCACCUCUAACUUGCGUGGUUCUUCAAUAGGCUAUGCAUAGUCUAAUAGACCUUACUUGUUGGGUGCACAUUUGGUAUCCAGCUGUUUAGUUAGGCGUAGUGAAAUUGUCGACCAUCAUCAGCUGAUCCAGGAAAUAUUUUUGGGAAUGAGAGUCAAGUGACAAACCGCUGUUGUGAUAGGCCUAUAGCACACAGUGCGAAAACAGCCAGUGCGGGAAAGUCCAGAAUAUUUUGAUGUCUCGUUGAAGACAGUUGUGAUCCACGUUGGAUCACAAUACAAUAUGGUGAAUUUGAAUGAUGUAAAUAAUGAUAAUAGUGAGAGCCCUGUACUAGAUGGACCCGGAUCCCUUUAAUCAUAGAGGCUAUUGUUACUUUGUGUCUCUAAAAUCACAAUGUUUCCAUUUCUGUUCUCAUGUGACAGUCUUAAAAAAAAAAAAAAAAUACCAAAUGUCGGCCUUUUAUCAGAUCUGAAUAUUUUCGCUUGAUCUGUUUAUUUUAAUACAUUCUGUAGCCUAUGCUAUAAAAUAUAAUAUUCUGCCUAUAUGAACACAUUUAUUUUAGGCCAUACCCUAAAGAACAGCUACAUGAUUUCAUGAAAAGCAGCAAACGCACAGUUUCACAUUCUUCAAUAAAAGAUUCAGAAACAGGAAAAAGGCUACAGCUCCCUUCAGUUUCCCCGCCAAAUAGGCUUACAUGAAACUCAAUGUAUCUCAACGAUGUUGAGUGCAGGGGGGGGUUUGUACGCAACGUAGUACUUUCCACAAAAAGUUUUGCUCUACAAAAAGACACGUAAGCGUAUAGAAAUGGCUCUUCAAAGAACAUGGAUUAGUCUCUCCUGGCCCAUAGGCUACUUUCAGUGUGAGCGACCCUCUAACAUGAAGUUGUUAAUUAAAUUAAAUUAAUUGGUCAUUUAGCAGACGCUCUUAUCCAGAGCGACUUACAGGAGCAAUUUUAGGGUUAAGUGCCUUGCUCAAGGGCACAUCGACAGAUUUUUCACCUAGUCGGCUCAGGGAUUAGGACCAGCGACCUUUCGGUUACUGGCACAACGCUCUUACCCACUAAGCCACCUGCCGCCCUUCAAGUUGUAAAAUAUAAAACGUCCCUUUUAUGUUCAGUAAUGAUCUAAGUGUGGAGGCCAGUGUUUUUUCUCUUGAAGUUUGGAGCAUUUGUGUAAAUCACCAUACCGUUGUAUCAUGCCUUGUGUGUUGAGCCGCUGUAUAGUCUUGCAUCACUACUCAUAUGUGCCACACUGGUGGAGUUAAUGCAGGCACAGCUUUACCUAGUGGCUUCUAGAGCAGGGUUUCUCAAACUCUGACCUGCUCCCCCCUCCCCCCUUGGUGCACACUUUGGUUUUUGACCUAGCACUACACAGCUGAUUCAAAUAACCAACACAUCAAGCUUUGAUUAUUUGAAUCAGCUGUGUAGUGCUAGGGCAAAAACCAAAAUGUGCACCCAGGGGGGGCCCCAGGACAGAGUUUGGGAAACCCAGGCCUAGAGGUGUAGUGCAUGAGAGAAUUCAGAGCGCACAUUUGCACAAAAAUGGCCGCAGACAUUCAUGGAUGGAUGAUGGAUCACCUCACUGUUCUGGCUGCAGGGGGAAGGCAAAGAAGUACUGCCUGAAGCUCAAAGGGAGUUCCUCCUAAACUUCCUGAAGAAGCCACCAGGUGCCCAGAGAUGUGAGAUGGAAAAAUGGUCAAUGGAGCUAUGGAAAGCUCUAAAUAACAUGAUGGAUGUGGCGCUAGACAAUCACCAAAAGGCCUGGCAAUCAGAACCGGAUGUGUUGGCCAGGAGUAGUACUUUACAGUGUAUCGUCAGCAUGGAGAAUGGACAUUUACUCACCCAGUCCCCUGAGCAAGAAGGGGCUGGGUUUGGGCAAGAAGUCAAAGGUUCUGUCAGCAAACCAGAAAAUGAGCUAAAGGCUCCGCUAACUGCUGAAGCUGAGAAGAGGAAGAAGGCUGAGGAAAGCCUGCUGAAACAGAAAGAGCAACAGCGAACCACCAAGCUGGAGAAGUAUUGGAAGGGGACUUUGCAGGAGCUGCAAACUUUGAAACAGGUAAAUAUAAGAAAAUGUGCUCCACACGAUGAAGCUGAAGACUUGAAGAGGAGGCUGAACAUUCUUCAAGAUCUCCUGUGCAAAACUGAAGAGAAAAAGUGUCUUCAAGAAGAGGUUGAUGACCUCAAUGAAGAAUGCACAGUCCAAGGAAAGUGCAUUGAGAACUUGAAGCGGGAGAGGAGUGAGCUACAGGCCAAAGUGGGUGAACUGGUGCAGGUACCCGAGGGUCAAGAUGAAGAAACCCAGAUUGGUGAGUCUUAUACUGUUCCUCAAGAUGUAAGCUGCCAAACCAGCACAUUAAUAGAUGGUCACAGCCAGACGGACGCCCCACCAGAUUUGAUCUCUGUGAGUAGCCAGACUGACAGGCUUGAUGAAUCUCAUAAGAAUGAUGCAUCUCAAAACUGCCGAUCCCAUGCUGAUGUUAACCAUGAUGCAUGUGAGUGUGACCCCAGUGCAAUGCUGAAGGCCCAGUGCACUCAAGAAGAAGAGUGGUGGUGGGAUGCUGAGCGGGAGAUGGAAGAUGAGUGCCAAACGUCGAACUACCUGGAACCCACUAACUUGGUGAGUGAAUCCAUUUCAUAUGGUAAUGUUUCUUAUGGGAAACAUUCAGAACCAAAGAUGGCAAAUGAAGAGACAUGAAUGACUAACCACCAUGGAAUAGAGUCUCACCUCCCACACCCCAAGGUUGCAGCUGCCAGCCAGGAGGAGCCCUGGUACCAAAGUCGCCACAACAAAGAUGGCCGCUCGGAAAGAUUGGACCAAGUUUGGACCAUUUCUGUAAACCACCUUUUCAUUUUAUAAAUAUACCAGCUUUUGCCUGGUUUUGAACCAUGCCUUAUGUGUUGCGCCUCUGAAUUGUCUCGCAUCACUAUCCACCUAUGUGCCACACCUAGUGAUCUGCCACAUGUAUUAUAGACCAUUAAUACAGUUGAUCAACUGCCAUCAGAACAGCCUCAAUUUGUCGGGCAUGGACUCUACAAGGUGUCAAGCAUUCCACAGGGAUGCUGGCCCAUUUUGACUCCAAUGCUUCCCACAGUUGUCAGGUUGGCUGGAUGUCCUUUGGGUGGUGGACCGUUCUUGAUACACACAGGUAACUGAGCGUGAAAAAACCAGCAGCUGUGCAUUUCUUGACACACUCAAACUGGUGCGCUGAAUGGCACACUUACACAAUCCAUGUCUCCAUUUUUCUCAAGGCAUAAAAAUCCUUCUUUAAACUCUCUUCCCCUUCAUCUACACUGAUUGAAGGCGAUAAGGGAUCAUAGCUUUCACCUGGAUUUACCAAGUCAGUCUGUCAUGGAAAGAGCAGUUUUGUACACUCAGUGUAGAUAUGGGUCAUAUUGUUGAAUUUGCAAAAUUAACAAUGUUCUAUAACUUCACAUGAAGAAUGACUAGGCAUCGAUACCAUCUAUAUGAAUAAAUGAGGCCUCUCUGUAUACCGCACAAUGGGCCGUACAGCUCUGUAUUCUAGAUGUAAUAGAGCCUGUUGGUUGUAACCUGAGCCCUCUGCCGUCUAUAACAAUGUGUCCUAUCCUCUCUCCUUUCUCUGCUAGACCAAAGCAACCCAGGAGCAGAUUGAUUCCUUCAGAGCCUCUCUGUCUAAACUGGGAGAUGUCUACAUCAACGAUGCCUUCGGCACAGCACACAGAGCCCACAGGUAGGGUCACUGGACACUACUGUGGAGUGAUGAUGAUUGUCCUUCAAGAGGAAAUUAUUUUUCUGUCAAAUCACUCAUUGCCACUCAGUGUCUCCUAGUUUCCUUCGUCUUCUUCCCUUCUUUCUACCUCUCUUCCUCUCUUUUUCUGUCUCCCUGCUUCUGUUUCUCGCACUGCUUUUCCUAUCCCUUACUUUCUCUCCUGUUCUCCCCUUACCCGCAUACCCGCCUCUCCCUCUCCCAGCUCCAUGGUUGGAGUGAACCUGUCCCAGAAGGCUGCAGGUUUCCUGAUGAAGAAGGAGCUGGACUACUUUGCCAUGGCUCUGGAGAAACCAGCCAGGCCCUUUCUGGCCAUCCUCGGAGGGUAAGUAACUGGUCCAGAGACAGUUUGGUGGUUUAGUUUAACAUGGCUCUGGUUAUGGAUGGUCCUGGGAUAGCACAUCGGUGAUCAAUUAGGAAUAAAGUACCCAGAGGCCUGCAUCUGCUUCUCUGGUAUCACUCUAUUGAGCACUGGCUCUUCAACUAGCUCUCCAGCUAAAAUAGACUUCAUCUAGUCUAUUAUAGGCACAAUAAAAGCCAUGCAACCUCACUUAAAUAUUUAUCUCACACUCUCGCUCUCUUUCACUCUUUCUAUUCUCUGCCACUCAUUCCCUCACUCAAUCUCUAUUUUUCUCUGAUAUAUCAGCCUUGGGCUGUUGUAGUUUCAUACUCAAGUGCAGUGCUUUAAGGUCUCUCUUAAAUACAGAAGAGGCAAUCCAGGAAUAGAGACCUUAACACAAAACCGCUGAGCCUCGAGGGACCCCCUUUCAAGCUAAUGAGCAGUAAUUAAUACAUUUCAUAUAUGCUAUUGCGAAAAUAAUCAUUUGGUUGUUUUUUAUGAACACGAUUUUUAGAAUACGAUUAUUUUAUUUCAAAUAAAACAAUAGCUUUUUCAUUUGUUUUUGUUACUGUAGGCUAUAAGUAAAAACAAAACAGCACAAAAAACAAUUUUUCAAUAAAUUGUAUUUGUGUAGUGUCCAUUGUUACAACUAUGAAACAAAAAGUGUAUGUAUUAGAACAUGGUGACAGCUUUUUAUAAUGACAAAAUAAAAAAAAUACCGCAACCACCAAGACGCAUGGUCAGCAAGAUGCGCGGUCAAAUGAAAACAUCAGUAACCUAAAAUCACUAAGCGCCUAGUGUGCUUGAUAAAUAGUAAAAAUCAGCACAAAAUCAAUAAUGGCAUUAUAAUGAAUGUGUCGAUAUGACAGCAGUCAAAAAUUGUCUAUUUAUUUGUUGGAUACCAUAGCGAAUUUGUCUGUUUCUUUGUCAUCAAAAUGGAGGUAACGCAUGAUCUCUCUGAAGCGAUCCCGUGACAUGGUUUCUCCAAAGAAAAGUAUCCCAUAGAUAUCUGACCAGAAGCUCUCCAUAUAGAAACUCUUUACACCGAAUGCUCCACGGACAUACAGGAUUGAAAUGAACGCUUCCAGCUCAUCAACAGUCAGAUCCCAGGCAGUGUCUCCUUACUCCGUGUGCACCUUAGCCACAGUCCCUGAAUGCUGUAGCAUGUCCAUGUCACAUAAACAAUGACAGAUGGUGAGUGCAUUGCUGAUAUUGUUUUUUGCUUGAGAUGUAUGACCUGCGCGCUUAGUGAUGAGAUUUUGUGCUGAUAAUCGGCCCAUUGCAUUGUCACUGGCUUGUUCUAUCUAAACGGUGCUGUCCGUUCCUCUCUCCUGUCUCACUGUUUCAUUUGGUAGUGGCACGGGCACCUGCUUAGUGCGCACCGUUCUGCCUUUUUUGCGCUUAGGCCUCUGUGUUAUUCAGGCUGAGGCUCAGAAUCGGAAGAAUAAUCAUCAGAUGUCAUGAUUAAUUUCUGCCCUGACAUCUGAGUCGUUUUCAUUCAGAACUUGUGGCAGUGCUAACGCAGCAUGUGCAUACAUUCGUCUUGGUCUUCUUGCCAUUUUAAAUUAAGCACGCUCUCACUGUGUACUCCAAGUAGACUAGAGUAGACUGAUAAGACUGCUUGGAUUUGGUGGACUGAUAUAGGGUACAUACCAUUUUGAGAUUAUCAUUAGAAUAUACCAAUACAAUAGAAUGUCUUCAUUCACAAUUGGUGAUUACAUCAUUAUGCAUAAUUCGCUUCCCCUCACUCAUCAACUCACCCUUUACAUUUUAGUCAUUUAGCAGACGCUCUUAUCCAGAGCGACUUACAGUUAGUGAGUGCAUACAUUAUAUAUAUAUAUAUAUAUUAUUUUUUCAUACUGGCCCCCUGUGGGAAUCGAACCCCAACUGAGCUACAUCCCUGCCGGCCAUUUCCUCCCCUACCCUGGACGACGCUGGGCCAAUUGUGCGCCGCCUCAUGGGUCUCCCGGUCGCGGCCGGUUACGACAGAGCCUGGAUUCGAACCAGGAAGCUAGCACUGCGCCACUCGGGAGUACAUUCUCCCCCAUCACACUUUACUUCAUUUAUUUAAUCUGUUAUAGGUGUGAAAUUAGUUUAGGUUAAGUUUCCAGGCAAUUAUCAGGGUGAUUAUCAACUGGGCACGGCACAUUCCACUGUCGGGAGAAGGAGCGGAGCAGGCCCUACUGUUGGGAGGAGGGGGGGGGCAACGGGGAAAACCAUUUUAAAAAUGACGUGCCCUCAUAAAACUGUUUAACUCCAAUUCUGUUUGUGAUAUUAAGAUUCUAACAACGGUGUGUUCUAUAGACUUAUUUAGGAAAAGUCAAGGAUGGAGGCAUGACUUAAAAAAUGGCAGAGUAAUUAAAAUAAAUACAUUCAUGAGCAGUCAAAAUGACUGCUUUAGCUAGAGGUUCUAGUGUUAAAGGAAAUGUCCACCCAAAAACUAUCAUUUGGUAUUUGUUUCAUUAGUCCAUUGUUGAUAUAGUCCCAAAAUGUUUUGAAUGUCAACAAUCAAGUUUUUAAGAUAUAGAUCUUUCAGAUUACAGAAAUACAUCAUACCGGCUGUAUUUCUGUAUUUUGAAAGAUGUAUAUCUUAAACUUGAUUGCUGACAUGCAAAAUAUUUUGGGACUAUAUCAACAAUGGACUAGUUCAUUUUAAGUUUAUUAUGUAAUACCUCAAUCUGUGUGACAGUACUUUACUUAUGCAUUCUAGUCUUCCCUUACCACUGGCCACUUUACAGCCUUGCACAGUGGGAAAGUUGAGCCACGCACACACACAGCUAGCUACCGUUGGCCACAUGUCGAAAUUGGCCCAGUGUCAGAGUCCAUAUCAUCCUGGCAUUGUGCAACCGCUAUAUCCAAUCAGGUUCUUUCACUGCCACAGUUGUGUAUUUUCAAAGAUGACCCCAGUUUUCAACUCAGUUCAGCUUUUUGGCCACUGCCAGUGACAAAGUACAUUGACGUGAGUUGGCUAAUAAUAAGCCACACGACAAUUAAUGAAAGGCGGUAGGAUUUAGCACUAAAUUCAUUAUACAACAGGAAACAAAUAAUGUAACACCAACAAAAUGACUUUCCCAAUAUGGCUAUCUUCCUCAACUAGAAACCUUUCCAUAACAAUGUUUUACCAUGUGUGUUUAUAACUACACUAACACUGCAUUAUGACUACAUUGUAACUCAUUGUAAUUGAGUGUGUUUUAUAAUGGAUGAUAGAUAUGGGCUUCAAAUAAAUGGGCUUCAUGUCAUUGUCUUACUAUGUUUACCAGUGUGUUCAUAUGUUUUCAUAGUUUCUCUCUGUUGUGUGCAGAGCCAAGGUCAAGGACAAGAUUCAACUGAUCAACAACAUGUUGGACCAGGUCAAUGAGAUGAUCAUCGGUGGUGGCAUGGCCUUCACCUUCCUCAAGGUCCUCAACAACAUGGAGGUGAGGACAGAGAGGGGGGAGGAAGACUGAGGGAGAUUAUACUUUGUUUAAGGGAGACACUGGAGGGGAGAAAUGGAGAGGAUGAUUCUGCCCCUUUUUUGGCCAAUUGUAUUUAUAUCAUGAUUUUAACCUCCUAUUUGAUUGAACAUAACUCGGAACUCACUCACGCCUCAGCACAAUCUAGUUAAAUCAGGGGUCGCAUUAGCUUUCAGAAAUCUGCAUUUAAAAAAUGCAGACCAUCAAAAAAUCUGCUUUCAACCAUUUCACCUGUGUUUUAUAUUGAAAGUCACUUUUUGCUUCAAUAGAAUAAUAAGGGGCGUGUAACUAUAGUUUUUCUUAACACAAAAUACAUUAGUGCAACACAUUCGGCAGAAUAUCGUUCAUCAGAUGAGAAAUGACAGAAGUGCAACGCUAUUUGGCUAGCAGCCACACAUAAGUAAAUUAACUAGCUUUCAUUUCCUAAUGUUUCGCUUGAAGUUAAUCUUGCAUUUUAACUUCCUACCAGAGAAAAACUACACUGGAGGAAAGUACCAGAGAAAAGUAGCCUACACAUCAGUCAGAGCGCUGUCUGGUGAUCCAAUGACCAGAGCAAAUGUAAUGCAACUGAAGCACUAAAUUACUCCUUUAACAUUCAUGAUUUGGAGUGAACCCUGACUGAAGCGGAGCAGAAUUUACAAUAAGAAGCAUUUUAGAUCUGCGUUUACAGAACGCAGCAAGAUUUUUGAGUUUUAUCUUUCCUUUUCUGUGUGAAACACAGAAUCCUUUGUUAACGCGACACCUAGUUAAAUAUGUUCAAUGAUUGACCAUGGUGUAUAUCAUGGUGGUUAUAGUUGAAAUAUUACAAUGAGUGAUCCUCUCUUCCCUGGCAGAUCGGCACCUCCCUGUAUGAUGAUGAGGGCGCCAAGAUCGUCAAGGAGCUGAUGGCCAAGGCUGAGAAAAACAAGGUCAAGAUCAACCUCCCCGUCGACUUCAUCACUGCCGAGAAGUUUGACGAGCAUGCCCAGACUGGCACCGCCACCGUGGCCGCUGGCAUCCCCGCAGGCUGGAUGGUGAGCAACCUGGGUCAUGUUCAUAAGGGCAUGCAAUGGAAAACAUUUUGAAAUGCUUUGUAACAGAAAACUAAAAUGAGUCCCUCCAAGUUUCAGACCGUUUUCUUCCAUUUGUUACCUAAUGAACACAACCCUGAUUGGGUUUUGUCUUCUUGAGGGGUGGUCAUGGGAAUUAUUGUGCUAGCUAGCGAUUUGAUAUACUGUAUCACUUUAAUAGUGAAAUAAAAUAUAGGACGGUUUUAUGUAGACAUUGUAGAUGAAUACCCUCGAUAACAACAUGUAAAACUGGGGUUGAGCUCUGUGUCCCUCUGUUCUCCUCAGGGUCUGGACUGUGGACCAGAGAGCAACAAGCUCUUCGCAGAGGCUGUAGGCAGAGCCAAGCAGAUCGUGUGGAACGGCCCCGUGGGUGUGUUUGAGUUUGAGAACUUCGCCAAAGGAACCAAGAGCCUGAUGGACAAAGUGGUGGAGGUCACCAACUCAGGCUGCGUCACAAUCAUCGGUAAGACCCGAUAACACUGUUUGCACAAUUACCAUAAAGCACGUCUUUCACCAGGCACCUGAGACCAAUGUUUGCAAAUAAAUAGCUACAUGUAUAAUUGAGAUCAUUCAGGAAACCAAGCCUGCUACUGAGUAUAAUGUUAACACAUAUUUUUAUUCAAGUUUAUGCUUGCUCUGGCAUUUUCAUUGGAAGCUUUUCUUUAUCCACUCUUUUUGUUGAUAUCAUUGUCACCGUUAGAUAGCGCCAAAUACCAACACCCUUUCUUCCUCAAAUCUAUAGUAGUGAAUGAUCACUAUCACAGUGAAGGGUCUGUAUGACCUUAAUGUUACCCCCAUGUUGUCUUGGUGAUGCCCAGGUGGAGGCGACACAGCUACCUGCUGCGCCAAAUGGGGCACAGAGGACAAGGUCAGCCAUGUCAGCACAGGAGGCGGAGCCAGUCUGGAGCUUCUGGAGGGUGAGUGACGUCACCACGGUUUCAUCCGGACUUUUGACCUACACUACCAGUCAAAGUUUGGACACAACUACUCAUUCAAGGGUUUUUCUUUAUUUUUACUGUUUUUUACAUUGUAGAAUAUUAGUGAAGACAUCAAAAGUAUGAAAUAACACAUAUGGCAUCAUGUAGUAAACAAAAAAGUGUUAAAUAAAUCAAAAUAUAUUUUAUAUUUGAGAUUCUUCAAAUAGCCACCCUUUGCCUUGAUGACAGUUUUGCACACUCUUGGUAUUCUCUCAACCAGCUUCACAUGGAAUGCUUUUCCAACAGUCUUGAAGGAGUUCCCACAUAUGCUGAGCACUUGUUGGCUGCUUUUCCUUCACUCUGCCGUCCGACUCAUCCCAAACCAUCUCAAUUGGGUUGAGGUCGGGGGAUUGUGGAGGCCAGGUCAUCUGAUGCAGCACUCCAUCACUCUCCUUCUUGGUCAAAUAGCCCUUACACAACCUGGAGGUGUGUUGGAUCAUUGUCCUGUUGAAAAACAAAUGAUCGUCUCACUAAGCCCAAACAAGAUGGGAUGGCGUAUCGCUGCAGAAUGCUGUGGUAGCCAUGCUGGUUAAGUGUGCCUUGAAUUCUAAAUAAAUCACAGACAGUGUCACCAGCAAAGCACCCCCACACCAUAACACCUCCUCCUCCAUGCUUUACGCAGGGAACUAUACAUGCAGGGAUCAUCCGUUCAUCCACACCGCGUCUCACAAAGACACUGCGGUUUGAACCAAAAAUCUCCAAUUUGGACUCCAGACCAAAGAACAAAUGUCCACUGGUCUAAUGUCCAUUGCUUGUGUUUCUUGGCCCAAGCAGGUCUCUUCUUCUUAUUGGUGUCCUUUAGUAGUGGUUUCUUUGCAGCAAUUCGACCAUGAAGGCCUGAUUCACAUAGUCCCCCCUGAACAGUUGAUGUUGAGAUGUGUCUGUUACUUGAACUCUGUGAAGCAUUUAUUUGGGCAGCAAUUUCUGAGGCUGGUAACUCUAAUGAACUUGUCCUCUGCAGCAGAGAUAACUCUGGGUCUUCCAUCCCUGUGGCGGUCCUCAUGAGAACCAGUUUCAUCAUAGCGCUUGAAGGUUUUUGUGACUGCACUUAAAGAAACUUUCAAAGUUCUUGAAGUUUUCCAUUUUGACUGACCUUCAUGUCUUAAAGUAAUGAUGGACUGUCAUUUCUCUUUGCUUAUUUGAGCUGUUCUUGCCAUAAUAUGGACUUGGUAUUUUACCAAAUAGGGCUAUCUUCUGUAUACCCCCCCCCCCCCCCCCCCACCUUGUCACAACACAACUGAAUGGCUGAAACGCAUUAAGGAGGAAAGAAAUUCCACAAAUUAACUUUUAAGAAGGCACAGCUGUUAAUUGAAAUGCAUUCCAGGUGACUACCUUAUGAAGCUGGUUGUGAGAAUGCCAAGAGUGUGCAAAGCUGUCAUCAAGGCAAAGGGUGGCUAUUUGAAGAAUCUCAAAUAUAACAUAUAUUUUGAUUUGUUUAACACUUUUUUGUUUACUACAUGAUUCCAUAUGUGUCAUUUCAUAGUUGUGAUGUCUUCACUAUUAUUCUACAAUGUAAAACAAUUUAAAAAUAAAGAAAAACCCUUGAAUGAGUAGGUGUGUCCAAACUUUUGACUUGUAGUGUACUAUUUCUCUGAAAGAUACUCACAAUUUAUGUGUAAUUUGUCUCUGCUUGGAACACGCUCAGGUGGCCCUCUCUCGAACCAGUCCAUGUGUGCAUUGCCACGUACUGCGUGCAAACUCUCUGGAAGCUUUCUCUCUGAGGAAGCUUUCCUUUCCCGGAUGCCAGUACCUCGGCUGGGACCAAUGGGCAAGAAGUGGAGAGGGACUUGGGGCUUUGGUUGGAACAGGUGGAACUAGCAUCCCAACAUAGCGAUUUUGAGACUGCUGGUUACAUACAGGGCCCAGGUUCGGGUGGUGUCUCAGGAUGGCUCUGGUGGUUUCUCGGGUGACGAAGAGGACUUUGUUCAGAUAUAGCCACCUACCUACAGGAGUAGCAGGGGAAACCAUGGUAUCCAACGCAUCGCUCAUAGAACUGUGCUGCAGGGCAGCUAUGCAUUUGGAGGUGUAGUGGCCAUGUUCACCCCCGUGGCAGAAGUGGAAAGAACCUGCCCCCUGUGGCUGCCACAGUCAAGCACCACCUAUCCCUGUUUCCAGAUUUCAUUGACGAAUGGACAACAACCUGGUCCAACCCGCAUUCAGCUAAGCUGAUACUACAUAGGUGUGCACCUUCGUGGAUCUGGAGGGGAUGGAGGGGGCAGGGCUGGUGCACACUCCUCCAGUGGAUGGCAAGCUAGCUGGCUACCUAGCCCCGUUUGCUAACAAGGAUGUGGCUAAUGCGAAUCCUACGCUCCCUAACAUGCACUGUCGCUUUUUGGUUGCUCAGCUGGAGAAGGUGUAUUGUGCAGAGGGUGGUUGGGGCACACAGUAGGCUUUUCCCAGUUCCUCCGCCUACUGGGGAUAAUGGCUUCUAUAAUAGUUGUCAUUCCCCUGGGACUAUUAUUGACUUAGCCGUUCCCGCGCUGGGUGCUAGCAACGCUCUUGGAUGCGUUUCGCCACCUAAACCAGUCGAUUCAGGUGUCCCCGACAUGCCUUCAGGCACUGGCCCAGUGGAGAGAACUCCGGGUACUGUCUAAUGGGCCAGGUGUUGUCCCGCAAGGUGGUCACGACUCGUCCCCCCAAAGGGUGGUGCGCGCUGUGUGAUGGUUACUCAAUUCGGGGAGUAUGGACAGUGUCAGAGUGCCCGGCAUAUCAAUUACCUGGAACUUCUGAUGGUGUACUUAGCGCUCAGGCGCCUCGCGUUUGUCGGGCGGGCAUGUGCUGGUCAGAUCCAACAUGGCAAGGGUGGCAUACAGUACAUCAACAGGCAGAGGGGGACUCGGUCCCUCCCCCUCCUCACCUUGUCUCGCUCCCUGUUACUGUGGAGCAGUGCGCAUUUGAUCUCACUUCGGGCGAUGCAUGUUCCCUGUUGCCUCAACUCGGGUGCGUAUCUGCCAUCCGGGGGGGCCAUCUUCCUCAGGAGUGGGGACUACACCAGUGGCCUCGGACCCCCCUUACGCGUUUCCACCAGUGGUUCUGAUUCAGCCCAUGUUGGAAAGGGUGCGCCGGGAGGGCUUAAUUAAUUCAUUUUUGUGGCUCCCCAUUGGCCCAGGCAGCCUUGGUUCGCGGAAAUCAUUCACUUUUUAGAUGGGGACCCGUGGCAACUCCCGUUCUGCAGGGACCUGUUGUCCCAGGCGCACGGGCAGGUUUGGCACGCAAGGCCAGAUAUUUAGUUCCUAUGGGCCUGGCCCCUGAGAGGGCCAAUCUGAUGGCUAGAGGCUUACCUCCACAUGUUAUUGCUACCAUUCAGUCUGCAAGGGCGCCCUCCACAAGAGGGCUAUAUGCAUAUAAGUGGCAAGCGUUUGAGCUCUGGUGCUAAGAGAAAGGGCUUGUUCUAUUUCAGUGCUCUGUGAGGGACAUCCUUAUGUUCCUCAAGGAGCUUUUUCGAGCAGGGGCAGGCCUUCUCCACGUUAGAAGUGUACGUGGCCGUCAUCUCAGCAUGUCAUGUGGGAAUUGGCGGAGCCUCACCGGCGUCUCACAUGGGACUUGGAGCUGUUUUGGAGGCACUGUGUGCAGCCCCCUUUGAGCCUCUGGAGUCGGUGGAUCUGAAGAUCCUCUCUCUUACAAAACCUCCCUGCUCAUGGCUUUGGCUUCGGCUAAACGUGUUGGGGACCUCCGCGUUAUCUGUAAACCCUUCCUGUACUCAGUUUGCCCCAGGCGACCUAAGGUGACGUUGCGUCCAAAUGCGACCUUCACCCCGAAAGUCAUGGCUAUGUCCUACAGGUCCUUAGCUUUUGAGCCAUUUCCCUUUUCUUCUGAAGAGCAACAGCGGUUACAUGCCCUGUGUCUGGUGCGAGCUUUACGCACGUACAUUGAACGGACACGGGAUAUACGGUUAUGUGACCAGCUUUUUGUCUGUUUUGCUAAUCCAGCUCACGGCAGGGCGCUGUCAAAGCAGCACCUCUCCCACUGGAUUGUGGAGGCUAUGUCCCUGGCAUAUAGGGUCAAGGGUUACCAAGUGGUGUACGCGUCCACUCCACCAGGCAGCUGACAGCGUCUUGGGCAUUGGCUAUAGGAUGGUUGACUAUAGGAGAUAUUUGUGCUGCAGCGAGUUGGGCAUCACCACACACUUGUGAGGUGUUAUCGCUUGGAUGUCACUGCUCCCAGUGUAGCCCACAGUAUGCUUAAUGCUGGGACAGGGGAAAGUCACUAGGGCGCGCCGGGUGCGCAACACCCAGACUGCCGCAUUUGACGGGUCAGGUCUUGGUGGUCUGCCAUGAGCAGUUUCAUUUAGUAUCCAUUGGCGCUGGCUUUGGGCGUGAUUAUAUUUCCCCAUAAUAUGUUAUAUCGAAGUUGACUGCCUAAAGGGGAAUGUAAUGUUAUGACUGUAACUACUGUUCCCUGAAGGAGGGAAACGAGGUACAACAACUGUUUGGCCCCGCGCUGCCCGUUCCUGGGCUCGGUAAAGAGCGGUAUUAAAUCGAAGGAAUUAAUCCGAGACUCACACUUAUCACCUGUGGAAGGCAGGGCUUCCAGCGCGGCACGGAUUUCAUUGGCCAUGUCAGGUGUGAUUUGUAGAUACUUCAACUGAAGUCACAGGAGUGCACCUCCCCAUAGUAUGUUGUACUUCAUUUCCCUCUUUCAGGGAACAGUAGUUAGUCAUAACGUUACGUUACAGCAUACAUGGAUAUGAGGACUUAAUGCAAAAGAUGCUUGGUAAUAGUUUUAUAAACUAAUAAUUAACUGUUUAUAAACUACUUUCAAACUCAUUUUAGAAAUAAUUUUAUUCUGCAAUGCGGUGACCAUAUUGUAUGUCUUCCUCUCUGCCCACAGGUAAAGUGCUGCCCGGUGUGGAUGCCCUCAGCAGCGCCUAAGCCUCAUCCCCAUCACCUAGGAGAGGUGGGAGUGAAGACAAAGUUUGGACACCCACCCAGCCCCCAAGGCAAAGUGCUCCCUAAGUCUCCCACCCUGUGCUUGUCU